GAGGAGGAGACGGCCUUGCGCAGGCGCAUUUGGGUUCUCACCUUCCCCUCCCCCCCCCCUCUUCGCCCCUCGUGGAGGAGGACGACGACCCCGCUGCUGUGAGCGAGGGGGCGGGUCCCGGCAGGGCGCAGGCGCAGCGGCGCCUAUCAGCCGGGCAGGCGCUUGCGCAGCACCGCCCUUUCCUGUCAGUCUCUCGGACGCACCACUCAACCAACGCUCAAAGAUGGCCGAUCCUUCCGAUGUGGAUUUUGAGACUGGCCACUCCGGGGCUUCCACCACCUAUCCAAUGCAAUGCUCUGCUCUGCGCAAAAAUGGCUUUGUGGUGCUGAAGGGACGUCCGUGCAAGAUUGUGGACAUGUCAACUUCCAAGACUGGGAAACAUGGCCAUGCUAAGGUUCACUUGGUUGGCAUUGAUCUGUUCACUGGCAAGAAGUAUGAGGACAUCUGCCCUUCCACCCAUAACAUGGAUGUGCCCAACAUCAAUAGAUGUGACUAUCAGCUGAUCGGCAUUCUGGAUGGCUACCUGUCUCUCUUGGCUGAUUCUGGUGAUGUGCGUGAUGACCUGAAGCUUCCUGAUUCAGAGCUGGGCAAGGACAUUGAACAACGCUACACUGCUGGCGAAGAGACACUGAUCACUGUCCUCAGCGCCAUGAAUGAAGAGUCUGCUAUUGCUGCCAAGGUCAUGAGCAAGUAACUGCAACAUAGGAUACAGCUUCUGGUUUAAAAGAAAUACCCAGACCUGAGAGGCUAAAAGUGCGCUUUGGGAUUGAGAGACUUUUUAUUUCAAUGAGAAAAUGACAAAGUAUAAUUUAAUCAAAAACCAAAAAAAAAACAAAAAAAAGUUUGCAAGCGAACACUAACUUUAUUUCAAAAACCCUGGCAAUAAAACAAACCCCACUGUAUGACCAUAA